CGCGCCAGCCCCGGCCAUGGCCGCCACCGACCUGGAGCGCUUCUCGAAUGAAGAGAAGAGGAACCUUUCCCUGGGGGGCCAUGUCGGCUUCGACAGUCUCCCCGAUCAGCUGGUCAGCAAGUCUGUCACACAAGGCUUCAGCUUCAACAUCCUCUGUGUGGGUGAGACCGGCAUUGGGAAAUCCACGCUAAUGAAUACCCUCUUCAAUACCACGUUUGAGACGGAGGAAGCCAGUCACUAUGAGAGCGCGGUUCGCUUGCGGCCACGGACCUACGACCUGCAGGAGAGCAACGUCCACCUGAAGCUAACGAUUGUGGAUGCGGUUGGAUUUGGGGAUCAGAUAAAUAAAGAUGAAAGUUACAGGCCGAUAGUUGAGUACAUUGAUACGCAGUUUGAAAAUUAUUUGCAAGAAGAGCUGAAAAUCCGACGAUCUCUCUUCAACUAUCAUGACACGAGGAUUCAUGUCUGCCUGUACUUCAUCACCCCAACCGGGCACUCACUCAAGUCCUUGGACCUGGUGACAAUGAAGAAGCUGGAUAGCAAGGUGAAUAUCAUCCCGAUUAUUGCCAAAGCAGACACCAUCUCCAAGAGCGAGUUGCACAAGUUCAAGAUAAAGAUAAUGAGCGAGCUGGUCAGCAAUGGUGUGCAGAUCUAUCAGUUCCCCACAGAUGACGAAGCAGUCGCUGAGAUCAACUCUGUGAUGAACGCUCAUCUGCCCUUCGCUGUGGUCGGCAGCACGGAGGAAGUGAAAGUUGGGAACAAGCUGGUGAGAGCUCGGCAGUACCCGUGGGGAGUGGUGCAAGUUGAGAAUGAAAGUCACUGUGACUUUGUGAAACUGCGGGAAAUGCUGAUUCGAGUCAACAUGGAGGAUCUUCGGGAGCAGACUCACACCCGCCACUAUGAGCUGUACAGGAGGUGCAAACUGGAAGAGAUGGGCUUCAAGGACACGGAUCCGGACAGCCAGCCCUUCAGCCUCCAAGAAACAUAUGAGACCAAAAGGAAAGAGUUCUUGGGCGAGCUCCAGAAGAAAGAGGAAGAAAUGAGACAAAUGUUUGUUAACAAAGUCAAGGAGACGGAGGCAGAGCUGAAGGAGAAGGAGAGAGAGCUGCAUGAGAAAUUUGAGCACUUGAAAAGGAUACACCAGGAAGAGAAAAGGAAGGUGGAGGAGAAGAGGAGGGAGCUGGAUGAAGAGAUGAACGCCUUCAAUAGGCGGAAAGUAGCGGUGGAGACCUUGCAGUCCCAAUCCUUGCAGGCUACCUCACAGCAGCCGCUGAAGAAGGACAAAGACAAGAAAAAUUAAUCACACACAGACUUUCAGGCCAAGAGUGGACUUGGUGCUUUCAUGUGUUAAGUUGCUUGAGUUUCCCACCCUGUGACCCUUCUCAUAACAUUGUGUGAGUGGACCAAAGUGAAAGAGAAAAUGAGCAUCUUCGGUGGUUGCAGUGUAACGACUCGCUGUUAUCUGUACAGAGUUUAUCAGGAGGUUUUAAGGAAGUAACCUUACCAUGUACAUUUUGUUAAAGUCAACUAAUCCCUUAAGUAAGAUGUUUUGUUCUAAACCCAGUGAUUGAGCAGUCGUGUAUAAAGUGACCGUAACUGCUUGUCUGAACUCAUCUUACCCACCAGCUAAAUACUUGCUUUCUAGAUUUAUUUUUUUUUAAUUGGCUAAGGUGACUGCUCGAGGCUCAUCUACCUUCCCCUGUACCUGCACAAAUGUGAGGAGUGGUAUAUAGAAUGCUGAAACGUUUAUUUUUCUAACAAAAUUCUCGAUUUGAGUAAGUUUUUUAGAAUGGGUAGAAAAACACAAUGCUUAGACUUUCUGCCCUGGGAAUCUUAGUCUGAGUAACCCUCAUUCCAGUAAUUAUAUAUUUUAAUCCUGAAUUACUCUAAACACUUUCUACAUCAUUUAUAAU